UGAAGAAUGGCCUCUCGCACAUACAGACGCGCUUAACUAAUUUUAGUCGUAUUUCUUUGCGCGUUUCCACGCUACAAACGUGCUUCGCCAAUGAAAACAGACGGAUAAAUGGCGUUUUCGACUGUUUGUCACUUCCUCUCCUGACGUCACAGUGUUUGUGUUGAGCGCUGACACACUGGCAGAUUAGCUACGAACCUGCAGCUGUUUUCAUUUCCUGCAGGUACCGUUUUAACACUUAAACGUCUUCGAUUGCAUUGCGAGUUGUCUUUGUUUUACUCGAGCGCUUGCGGCUGAGAAGAUCCAGAGCCAUCUCAUUUUGGUGCGCCGUCACCCGGUUUGGGUGAAAUGUCCUUUAGUUCCACAUGAGCUCUACUAUGUGGUACAUCAUGCAGAGUAUUCAGAGCAAAUACUCAUUGUCGGAAAGGCUCAUUCGAACCAUAGCUGCCAUUCGCUCCUUCCCACAUGAUAAUGUGGAAGAUCUCAUACGCAGGGGAGCAGAUGUGAACCGGAUGCAUGGCACGCUGAAGCCCCUGCACUGCGCCUGUAUGGUGGCUGAUGCCGACUGCGUCGAGCUUUUGCUGGAGAAAGGUGCCGAGGUAAAUGCCUUGGAUGGCUACAACCGCACUGCUCUGCAUUACGCAGCGGAGAAGGACGAGGGUUGUGUGGAGCUGCUUCUAGAAUACGGGGCCCAGCCGAAUGCUCUAGACGGCAACAAGGAUACCCCACUGCACUGGGCCGCCUUCAAAGAUAACCCCGAGUGCGUACGAGCCCUGUUAGAGAGCGGCGCAUGCCCGAAUGUCCGCGACUACAAUAACGACACACCCCUCAGUUGGGCGGCCAUGAAGGGCAACCUGGAGAGUGUGCGCGUGCUGCUGGAGUACGGAGCUCAAGUCCACGUCACCAACCUAAAGGGCCAGACGCCCAUCUCGCGGCUGGUGGCGCUGCUGGCUCGGGGCCUGGGCACGGAACAGGAGGAAGAGUGCCUGGAGCUGCUCUGCCGCGCCGCGGGGAGGUUCGAGAUCCGCAGGGCCGACGGCUCUUUACCACGUGAGCUCAGUAAAGAUCCUCAGUUACUGGCUCGACUCACUAGCCUCGUAGCCCAGCCGCCCUCGUUGCGGGCCUUGGCGCGCUGCGCCGUUCGUAACAGCCUGGGAGUUCAGUUCCUCCCAACUGCAGUGAAACAGCUCCCGCUUCCAGAGUCAGUGAAAGAAUACGUGCUCCUCAGAGACUGAGCGAGAAGACUGUGCUUAAUGUCGGACGUGGAGGAGGUAGAUGUCUUCUGUGUACGUGAACGUGAUUGUAAUCAGACUGCAAUCUGAAGUGUGUCUGUCCAUAUACAGUGGGUGAAGAAGUGAGGACGUUUCAUGUUUCUUUUGUUGCUAUAAUGCCAUCAAAAACAAAUUCAGACUCGGGCUACAGUAUGAUUGUCUGCUUGAGUGCGGAAAAAUAUUGAUCUGGGAGGAAGGAAACCCAUAAUAACAAUGUCCGAAACACUCUUGAUUGCGAAAACAUGAAAAUAAUUUAAAAAUAUUAUUUACCAGUAAAUCCUAUGUACACACAAAUAACACUUUAACAGCACUUAUAAGUUAUAGUUCUAUAUUACAUUUGUUUCUUAAAUUUGAAGUUUUCAAUUUUUAUUAUGCAGUAAUAUUUUUUUAAGACAGCUAAAACCUUUACGUUUUAAAGUCAAAUAAAUAUUAACAUGUUUGUUGAAUCAUUUUAAGAGGCUUCUCAGUUAUCAAAAAUAAUCUAGGAAAUGUGGGUGAUUUUUUUUUUUUUUUUUUUUUUUCAAAAUAGUGCAUUUGCCUCAAAGUAACCUUGUUUUACAUUUGUCUACUAUUGAGACAGAGAAAUAUAGGAACACUUCAUUGGAUUUCAAAACUAUAUCUAUUUCUGUCCAUCUAUCACAUUUGUCAUGAAUAUUUAUCUUAAAAACGACCUGGUUUGGAGUCUUAGAUUGUAUUACUUAUUUUGGUGCUGAUGAUUGCAGAAAAUGAGCUGUAUUUACGUUUGAGAAGAAAACAUUAACAAGCAUAUUCGGUGUCAGUUAUGAGAAUGUCCUUUUUUUUUUUUUUCUUCUUUUUUUUUUUUUUUUUAGCUUUGCAGUGUCAUGCAAGCAUGAUCAUUCCAAAAGCUGGCAGACCAUGAAUGGGAUGUCUCAAUGAAUUCGUGUCAUCUUGUGAACCCUCACAGAUAUUUUGCAGCUCUGUUUUCAUUUCACUGUUGUUAUAUUGCUUGAUUAAAAAGUAUGUAGUGCUCACAUCUAGUUUUAUGCAUGCAGACUAACCAGUAAAGGCCUCCAUGCAUUGUU